UAUUUGUAUUUAUUACUUUUUAUUUCACAUUAUAUUCCAUUUUAGUUGAAGUAUGGCCGAGCCUGCUGAGCUGCUGAUCAUCAAGGACCAGUAUAAGUUGGCGUUUGACUCCCUGAGUCGUGGGUUGAACGCUGAAGAGGGUGGGCAAACGGACAAAGCCCUGGAGUAUUACCGGAAGGGCCGACAACACCUUUCCCAAGGUGUGGAAGUACCCACUGGGGGAGAGAGGCAGCAGGGACAGAUAUGGGACAAGGCCAGGCAGCUUCAGCUGCGAAUGAGGGACACUCUGCGCACUGUCAACGCCCACCUCUCUGACCUCGCAACCUCUCAGCUGACAAUAGGAGGCCAGAAGCGGCAACUGUUAAAGGAUCUUCCUCCCACUUUUGAUCCAGAGCUGGCACCCAACAGUCAGCCUCUCCCUGGCUCCCUCCACCCCACCAUACCUCCUAAAACCCAGGACACAAUCCUAACCCCUAAGAGAGCCCCACCUCCCAGGCCUCGGUCCCCUGCUGCUGCUGCGUACGGACUCACAUCUCCUGCAGUGGCUCCAGCAGCCAUGGCUAACUCAGGGGACCAUCCUCCAGCAUACACACCAAAGCCCACUAAUGGGCACAGCUGCCUGGCUUAUGGUCCUGAUGGACUCUGGUCAGGAACUCGGACUGGGGCAGACGCCGGACGGAACGGGAGUGAGCUGCUUUUCAUUCCCGCCGGGGUGCAGUUGUUUUUUGUGGCUCCAAAUGGACAGGUCACAGCCCUGUCUAACCCGGGCUACCUUCGCAUCAUCGCAUUUGACAGCGACAACAAGGAGUCAGCCGCCGCUGCAGGACAACCCUCAGCUUGUCUCCAUGUGUGUGACUGGCUUUACCCACUGACGGCAGACACUCCGGUGCUCUUGGCCAACUCUGGGAUCUUCAUGUUCACCGACCCCUUGGCAGUGACACCAGGAUCCUAUGUGGGCAUUGUGUUGUCCUCUGACUUGCCCGCCGCCUGUCGAGAGUUGUUUCGGGACCUCCUGUCACAGCUGGCUGAUCUCAGGAUCCAGAAUCCUGAGGAGACGGGAUCAGAGGUCAUCAACCUGAGCACCAAAGUCCCCCUUGGUCCAGCUCUAGAGCCUGGACUGAAGGAAGCAACUGGGGAGAAGGAAAGACCACUGCUUCCUGGAUGGAGUGAAAAGAUGGCACAAAAAAUCUUGUCAGGGGCUACGUGGUUGGGUGAAGGGUUACUGAAAGGAGCAGACGCCACGAGUCGGGCCAUUCACAGAGGAGGAGGAAAGAUUCGAGACAACUUAACACCUGAGGAGACUCCUUCAGAGGUCAGCCCCCACGUCACCAAAAGUCUGCUGGUGACUAAACAGGCCACCGGGGGUGUUCUGCGAGUCAGCCAGUUCUUAGUGAAUGGAGUGAGCACAGUGGCAGGACAUGUGGCAGAAAAGGUGGCGCCGCAUGUGAAGAAACAUGGUGCCAAGCUCAUCCCAGAAUCUUUGAAGAAGCACAAAGAGGGUGAGCCGUCAAACUGGGAAGGAACCAAAUAUGUGGCAGCCAGCAGUGUACAAGGUUUCUCUACUGUCUGGACUAGUCUAGAGAACGGAGCAAAGCUUGUUGGCAAAAGUGUUAGAGCAGAGACUGUCACAAAUGUGACGUACAAGUACGGUGACCCCACAGGCCAAGCCACAGACACGGCUCUCCAGUCAGUGAUCAAUGUUGGUGUGACUGCAUACAAUAUUGACAAUCUGGGCAUCAAAGCGAUGCUUAAGACGACAGGCAAACAGACGGCCAAGGCCAUGUGCAAAUCCCGUGAAGGACAGACAACGGCAACUGAGAGGAAGGAGGACCAGAAGAAAGGCGACGGAGAGAUGAAAAAAUAGAUUCCCAGUUCCAACAAGGAAGAGUGUGUAUACCUCAGUAGAGACAGUAGCAUUUUAUUUCAUUAAAUUUAAUGUGGAAUGAAAAACAAAAGGAAAACCACAAAAUACAACAGUUAGUCACAAUGAAAGUGUACAUGUAAGUAUUUUUUGUGAAUGAAAAGACAAGGUUUUGUGUCAGGUAAAUAAGACAAGAUUAUAAUACUAUCUACCUUUGACUUAUAUGUUUAAAUCAAUGACUAAAUAAACAUACAAUUGUAUUAUAUUGCUACAUAAAUAAGACGCACCUCUUUUGUGGCCUAUAAUAACCCACUGGUUUCAAGCCACUACCCAGAAGUAACAGAACAUAAUUAUUUGUAUUGGUGUUUACAGCAUUGGAGUUUAUAUAUCCUUUAAUAUGCAUAUAAUAAAAGUAUAUAUUUUUCAA